AUAUGUUUCUCAUUUUGCAUUCAGUGGGAGAAUCUCUUUAAUUUAAUAAGAGACAAAUGCUGUUAUUUUAAUUAUCAUUCCGGUCUUUUGAUAUAAGAUAUUUCGAACAUUUAUAAUCACGGUAUUUGACAUGUAAUAAAUUAUAGUAGCAAGAUUGAGGUUAUGGAUGGUGCAGUUUCAGUACAUUCACACACAGACAUUCACAGAAGUUAGUUAUUACAUAUUUACAUUAUGGAUAUAAGUUACAUGAGGUGUUGACAUUUUGUCUACAAAAUAUUCAUGGCAAAUGAACCGGAAGAAAUAAAAAUCCCAGUUCCAUGGGGAUAUAUAAGUGGUAAAUGGUGGGGACCUCAAGAUAAGCAGCCUGUCCUGGCAAUUCAUGGUUGGCAAGAUAAUGCUGGGUCAUUUGAUCGGCUGGCUCCGUUGUUGCCAGCACACAUUGCCAUUCUCUGCAUAGACUUGCCUGGGCAUGGUUUAUCUUCGCCAUACCCCAAAGGAUGCUUCUACUACUUGCAUUGGGAUGGUCUGUCGGUGGUGAGACGGAUUGUGAAGUAUUUCAAGUGGGAGAAAAUUACGAUCUUAGGACAUUCUUUAGGGGGUGCAAUUGGUUUUUUAUAUGCUGCCUCAUACCCGGAUGAUACCGAUAAAUUGAUCUGUAUUGAUGUUGCCAGUCCGGCUUUCGCUGAUGUAAGCGAGAUGGUAGACAUGACGAGAAGAGGCAUUGAUAAAUUCCUUAAAUAUGAAAAUUACACCAAAAAGGAUGAACCGUGCUAUGGGUAUGAAGAAAUGCUAAACGUAAUGUUGUUAGGGCACGAUGGAUCCCUUACAUUAGCAUCAGGUGAAAUCUUGGUGAAACGUGGUUCUUACAAAGAUCCAGUUACCAACAACUACUUAUUUACAAGGGAUGUUCGUCUGCUUUCACUAAUACCAUGUAUUUCACUAGAAGUAGCCUCAGAAUAUGCAAGAAAUAUUACUUGUAAAGUAUUGAACAUCAAAGCUAAGCCUGGCUCGAGGUACAGAUGUAACGAUCUUUAUCAUGCGAUUCUCGAUGAAAUCAAGGAGACUGCGAGACACUUUGAAUUCUUUGAAGUCGAAGGAACACAUCAUUUACAUUUAAACAACCCAGAAGAUAUAUCUUCAUAUGUGAUUAAUUUUUUAGAAUCGUGAAAGUCGGAAUGAGGCAAUUGCAUUCUCAGAUCCUGCUCAUCGGUGAGUGUGAAAAAUGAGCAUAAAUUCUGUUUUUACAGAUACAUCAGUAAUCACAUACAGUGGUUGAUAUACUGUACGCAAAGAAAAAAGGCAAAAGCCUAUUAAAAUUCAAGACUAUUCUCUUA